CACGCUCUCGGUUGUGCUUCCCGCCGGAGGCUUUUGCGGAGCUCCCCGGGUCCCCGGACGGGGAGGGGGGGCAGUGGCGGCAGCUGGGGCUGCAGAUCAGCCCGGGGGUCCGGAAGUCAACACCAUGUCGAGUCUGCACAAGAGCCGAAUUGCAGAUUUCCAGGAUGUCCUGAAGGAGCCCUCCAUUGUGCUGGAAAAGCUUCGAGAGCUGAGCUUUAGUGGCAUCCCCUGUGAGGGCGGACUUCGGUGCCUCUGCUGGAAGAUCCUCCUGAACUACCUCCCUUUGGAGAGAGCCUCGUGGACUUCCGUCCUGGCCAAGCAGAGGGGCCUCUAUUCUCAGUUCCUGAGAGAAAUGAUUAUCCAGCCUGGCAUUGCCAAGGCCAACCUGGGUGUAUCCAGGGAGGAUGUGACCUUUGAGGACCAUCCCCUCAACCCAAACCCUGAUAGCAGGUGGAACACGUAUUUUAAGGACAACGAGGUGCUACUGCAGAUUGACAAAGAUGUCCGGAGGCUGUGCCCAGAUAUAUCCUUCUUCCAAAGAGCCACUGAGUACCCCUGCCUCCUCAUCCUGGACCCACAGAAUGAGUUCGAGACCCUUCGUAAGCGGGUGGAGCAGACAACAUUGAAAUCUCAGACGGUGGCCCGGAACCGGAGCGGGGUCACAAAUAUGAGCUCCCCACACAAGAGCAGCACACCGCCGGCCCUGAACGAGUAUGAGGUUCUGCCCAAUGGCUGUGAAGCCCACUGGGAGGUGGUAGAGCGGAUCCUGUUCAUCUAUGCCAAGCUCAACCCUGGCAUCGCUUAUGUGCAGGGCAUGAAUGAGAUCGUGGGCCCCCUGUACUAUACUUUUGCCACUGACCCCAACAGCGAGUGGAAAGAGCAUGCUGAAGCCGACACCUUUUUCUGCUUCACCAACCUCAUGGCUGAGAUCCGGGACAACUUCAUCAAGAGCCUGGAUGACUCCCAGUGCGGCAUCACCUACAAGAUGGAAAAGGUGUACUCCACCUUGAAGGACAAGGAUGUCGAACUCUACCUGAAACUGCAAGAGCAGAAUAUCAAACCCCAGUUCUUCGCCUUCCGCUGGCUGACACUGUUGCUGUCGCAGGAGUUCUUGCUGCCCGACGUCAUCCGCAUCUGGGACUCCCUCUUCGCCGAUGACAACCGCUUUGACUUCCUCCUCCUGGUCUGCUGUGCCAUGCUCAUACUGAUCCGGGAGCAGUUGCUGGAGGGGGAUUUCACCGUCAACAUGCGGCUUCUGCAGGAUUACCCCAUCACAGACGUCUGCCAGAUCCUACAGAAAGCCAAGGAACUCCAAGACUCGAAGUAACCUGGUAGCAAGAGGCCUGGGUUUGGAAGAGCAGCCACCUGCGCUCCACACCCUGGUUUGUGGGACCCAGAGCAGCCAGUGGGAAAGGCAGCCUGAGGGCAAGCUGCAGGCUUGGCCAGCUCCAGGUCUUCCCACCCUGGUUCCCAUGGUCCAGGCUCCUCUUCCUGGAGCACACUGUUGUGCUCCUCCCCAGUGCUCGGCCCUGCCGCUCUCCCUGCACUUCAGCCCUGCGCCCCUCCACCCAGGCUGCCGAGCAGGGCUGGAGCCCUGAGACCCUCUGCCCAGGCUGCCGAGCAGGGCUGGAGCCCUGAGACCCUCCGCCCAGGCUGCCGAGCAGGGCUGGAGCCCUGAGACCCUCCACCCAGGCUGCCGAGCAGGGCUGGAGCCCUGAGACCCUCCGCCCAGGCUGCCGAGCAGAGCUGGAGCCCUGAGACCCUCUGCCCAGGCUGCCGAGCAGGACUGGAGCCCUGAGACCCUCCGCCCAGGCUGCCGAGCAGGGCUGGAGCCCUGAGACCCUCCGCCCAGGCUGCCGAGCAGGGCUGGAGCUCCUGAACUGGUUUCCUGGGGCUGGGGCCAUUUGGGGCACAGGAGGCUGGCAAGGGUCCUGCCAUACCUCUGCCAGUAGCUCCAUGUCCUUUGUGCUUUCACCCUCCCCUGGGACUUGGUCAGGGGAGGUCACUGGCGAUGGCCAGAAACCGUUUCUGAGUGUUGGUGCUCAAGCUGCUUGGGGAAGUGAGCCCGGAAGAGCUGCGUGACUGCCAGUUCUCGGUCCACCUUUUGUCUCUCCUGGCUGGUGUGUUUUUGCUCAUGGCCCCCAGGUGUCUCUGCUUGUGUGUGUGUCCAUGUGUGUUCACACAUGCCCUGGACGUGGAGUGAGGGUAUGUUGGAGUCCCUCUAAGGCCCUGCUUCCUCUUUUCUGUGUCUCUACCUCUCCCUCCUUCCUUUGCCAGAGAUGUGUUUGACCCCUGCUGUCCUUCCUCUCCAUUUCUCGUUACCCUUCUCUUGGGGUGCCUUACCCCAAACCUCUUCCUCUCUCCUCUCCUCUGCUUCCUGAAGCCAGCAGUCAGAAUGAGGAGUGUGUCUUAGUGGGACCCCUGAAGGCCAGCCUUGGCUUGGGCAUUCUGUUCCCAUCCCCAGCCCAAGGUUUCAAGGUCCCCUAGUCAGGGGGACUCCACAGUGGCUCGUGAGAGAGCCCUGGCCUGUCUGCUCGUGGAAACCCCGUGCUGCUGACGGUGGUGGACUGUGAGACUUUAAGCCUCUUGCCUAUCUUCUGCCUAAGUGUGGAGAAAGGAGGGAGGAGGAGAGUCAUUUCAGGGGCUUCCUGAAGACUCAUCACCUCAGAGAUCAAGGAUGUCCCAGCUGUGCUGUGCCUGGGGGUCGGAGCCUAAGCAUUUCAGUAGAGCUAUCAUCCCCGGGGCUUCCAUGUUCCUACCAAGGGUGUGCCAGCCUCAUCAAGGGCAAGGGGACCAAAGAUGCCUCUGUGUGUCCAGGAGAGCUGCAUCUGUUCUCUCCUCCUACGGGGCUGUGGAGGUGCUUGGCUGUCUCCCGGCUCUGGGGCCAGUGUGCCCGUAGCCGCUCCUGUUCAGCAGGCAGACGUUUUCUGACCUUGCGCCUUCCCUCCUUUUGUGUGGCGGCCAGGUUGUUUGGGUCCUGAAGGUAGGUUGACCGAAAGAGUCCUCACUGACUGAUUAGCCCCAGGAACUGCAGCAGCCACCUGAAGCCUUCCUGAGCCCGGUGGGCAGGGCUUCCUGCCUCCCCAGGCCACUGCGGAGUGAACGUUCUCGGGUGCUGCUGGGACUCCGCGCUUGCCUUUUUCCCGUUUUGCUACCUUCUCCCCCAACACACAAUAUUUGGGUGUUUUUUUUUUUUUAACUAUUUAUUUAGACACAGGCUAUUUAUUGCAGAUUGGCAAGUGACUCGGGGCUGUGGGUGGCUGGUAGUUGCUGGGAUGGUAGAGUUGGAGGCAUGGAUUGUCUUAACAGAGAUGUUAACUCUGACAUCCUCUCUCAUCCCUGACUGGAGGGCUGCCAGCUCUACACUAAAACUGAGUAUAAGGAGGCCAGAGCUGGUACAUUUGCUGUACUCAAAGAUACAGGACACAUACACUCCUAGCAUCCUGGCCGUCCCCUCAUCUAGGACCUGUCACUGGUAGUUCAGCCCCAGCAUUGACCUCUUCAUUGUCUGGAAGCCAGCGGACACUGCCUGGGACACCCAGUGUAUUCCCUCUUGCCUGUCUCUCUCUCCCUCUCUCCUUGCCCCUCUUCCUUCCUGGGACCAUGCUGCUGGAAUCACUGCAUCCGAUUGGUUUCUGUGGGAGACCUGCAUCCUGUGCCCACUGCUUGGUCCUUGGGAUGAAGGCCAAGGACACACAGACUCUUCUUGAGUAGGGUGGCUCCCCAGUUGGGUGCUGCCCGAGGAAAGAACUUGUCCUCAGAGGACCUGCAGCUUCCCCCGGGAGUGGCCCCCAGGAGCUCCGCAGGUCCGCCUGAGAGUCAGGACAGCAAUGGCUUUUGUGUUGGCAUCCAUUCCGAGUCAGUGCUGUUAAUGAGUUGUCUUUAAUAAACCGUGUGCUCUCUA